AUGGCCCUGUCUCCUCACCUUCCCACCCAGAACACGCAGCCUCUGUCUCGCUCUCUCCCUCUGAUCGUAGGAUAUUUGGCCAGACAACUCCAAGACCUUAACGUAAAGGCCGCUGCAGAGCACCAGACACGUGCCCCAUGGCUGUGCCAGCUGCCGUUUGCAUGGCCUGCGGCGAGAACAUAUUCUCAUCCAGGAGGAAUGACGACGACCAUGCGGAGAAGGGAGUUCGAGGCCGGGCAAGUUCACGACGACUUCCAGCAAUGCCUCUUGAGAGAUGGUCCCGAGGCGCAGGCCGCAACAUACAGCUGGGAGCUGAACCAGAAGAGGGCCGUCUCCUUGCUGUUGGCCGGCUCCGUCGCUGGCUUGUUAGGCUUUCUGUGCGCCGGAUUGCUGGGCAUCCACAAUUACUAUAGCGGAGGCUUCCAGCAGCUCUGGGCUCACAACAAGACCUUCAUCUUGGAGAACAACUUCAUGGGCGAGCCCUUUCCAUCUGGCCACAACUACUGCCCACAGACGGUGAGCGAGCUGGUACAUGACCACAAGAGUGCCGAGGGCAAGCUGUUCUUCGGCUUUGGCCUUUUAGCAGCGAUUUGCAUUUUGGCUUCUUGGUAUCCAGCACAUCUCCGCAAUGUCUAUUUGGGCGAUGGUGUUGCGGUGUGUGGUUGCUGUGGUCCCACUUGGCAGAACAUGCGACAGUUUUGCCCAUCCGUUGGCCUCUUCCUCGUGACCUGCAUCCCCACAGUGCCACCGGCCAACCGCCACUUCGGAGAGAACUUUACCGUUCUCUUGCAUACCUGUGGUGCAAUCAUGAUGGUGGGCGGAUACGGGCUGUGCGAAAUAGUCGCACUCCAAAGGGCAUGUUCCCGUCGGAAGGACACCACAGGCGGGCCAAUCUUAAAGCCGGGAGAGUGGCGCCUGCGAGCGGCCUUGAUCGGCUUGUCGCUGUGCUCCGGUGUCGCGUUUCAGGUUUGCGGCUUCCUGUCGCCAAAGACAGUGGACUCUCUGGGCACAGACUCCUGUGCGGAUGUCUGGGUGGUCCCCAGCAAAAUUGAUUUCGAGUACGUCCUACAGAAGCCAGGGGGCGACCACCUGGCCUUGGCAGUCCGAAUCUCCCAGGCUAUUGCUGACAAGGAGAAGCUGCUCCUGGACACAGCACAUGGGUCGUGCCUCCUCCUAAAGACGUUGGAGUAUUGGUUCGAGGUGUCGGCAGGCUUGUUCAUGGUCGGCAGUCAUCUGGCAAUCUGGUGGUACUGCCCGGAGCGUCGUCUGGACCUGCCGGAGAAACUUCCCGAGCUGGCGAAGCGGGAGCUGCGUCGGCAAGGCUACACCACGUCCUUCAUCUGCUGGGGCACGGGCUCCGACCCUGAGGCUGUCAGCAGCUCUGAGGAGGAUCCCACGAACGAGUGUAACUAA